CCCAACGCGUUGAUAAACGAAGUACGUGAAUAUUGUUCUGUGACAUUGCGGGCAUGAAAAAAACAUUUUGUCAUGAUUACGGGCAUGGAUAGAACGCGCAAAAUAAUAUUAUGUAAUCUAUAUUCUAAGGUUCGUCCCCGAUCCCGGUGAUACGCGCAAUUUACUGUUAAUCUUAACUAGCUGGUAGUUAACUUAACUUUAUUAUUCGGUAUUUUAGACUUUAGAGUUCUAGACUACAAUAUUUAGGUACUAUCUGUCUGUGUAUAUAAAACCUAAGUAUUUUAUAAAAAGUAGGGAUUUAUUAGUUAGGAAAGAUAAACAAAUUAAUAGGCAUUUUACGGUUUAUAAUUAUUUGAAAAAUUGGAAAAACAUGGUUCACGUCUCCAAGGGAACAUUAAUUACAUGUGAUCAGUCGAUGAAGCAGUUUUUAUUACAAUUGGAUCAAACUAACGCUCUUGGAAAAAAAUUCAUUCUACAAGAAUUGGAUGAAGAACAUUUAUUUGUAUCAACUGAUGUCUUGGACACAUUAGAAGAUCGUGUUGAUGAAUUAAUGGACCAACUUACUUUCACUCAAAAUUAA